CGUGCGGCGGAGGGGGGAGAGCGAGACCUCCGUGCGGCGGAGGGGGGAGAGCGAGACCUCCGUGCGGCGGAGGGGGGAGAGCGAGACCUCCGUGCGGCGGAGGGGGGAGAGCGAGACCUCCGGACUGUAGGCGCCACGGGGACUCGUGCGGGACAGGAGGUCAGGGCUGGCGCACGCCCCUCAGGCCUCCUUCUUUGCCCCUGCCUCGCGGGCCAUCUAACUGCCCCACUCCACGGGUGCUACCGGCCGCAGUACAGAGGAACGUUUCCGUUGGCUGUAUUUAACCACCACCCACUCCCGGCUCCACGUUCCCUUUAAGCGGGGCUGCUGGUGCCUCGAGGAGGCAAGGAACUGGAUUGCGAUUGGCCAGCGCGUGCCUCCGUCGGCGGCACAAUUGGCUGAGGCUCUGGGCUUUGGGCAGCAUUCUCCGACGGGAUUGGCCGCCGCUCUCCCAAAGCCCGCCUCCCGCAGUACGGGCGGCCCCGGGUCGGGUGGGAGAAAGGGCCUCCGGGACGAAGAACAUGGCGGCGGCCGGUCUCGCUCACAUUCCUGACGUGGACAUCGACUCGGAUGGCGUCUUCAAGUACGUGCUGAUCCGAGUUCACUCGGCUCCGCGCUCCGGAGCUCCGGCUGCGGAGAGCAAGGAGAUCGUGCGGGGCUACAAGUGGGCGGAGUACCAUGCGGACAUCUACGACAAAGUGUCGGGCGACAUGCAGAAGCAGGGCUGUGACUGUGAGUGUCUGGGCGGCGGGCGCAUCUCCCACCAGAGCCAGGACAAGAAGAUUCACGUGUACGGCUACUCCAUGCAGGUGAGAUCCCCAUGCGCUCCCCUGGGUGCCUGAGGCCCAAGGAUCUGCCAUCAAGGUCUGCUCGACUGUGGAGGCUGCCUCUCCCCAGGAGAGCCCCCAGGGGAGGUCAGGAUGGUGGGUUUGGCUCCACUCUGGGGUCCUUUCCACACUUGCUCCUGCUGUGGCUGGAUGCCCAGAGCCAAGGCACGUGGGUGGAGGGGUCCAGGGCAUCUUCUCUCUCCAGGCCUAUGGUCCUGCCCAGCACUCCAUUUCCACUGAGAAAAUCAAAGUCAAGUACCCCGACUACGAGGUC